AAAAAAAAAAGCAAGACUGGCGGUAAGGCGAGAGCGAAAGCAAAGACUCGUUCAUCUAGGGCGGGACUGCAGUUUCCAGUAGGUCGCGUUCACCGAUUGCUACGUAAAGGAAACUAUGCUGAGCGUGUUGGUGCUGGCGCUCCAGUAUACUUAGCUGCCGUGCUGGAGUAUCUAACUGCUGAGAUUUUGGAGCUGGCUGGUAAUGCGGCCCGCGACAACAAGAAAACUCGCAUCAUUCCCAGACAUUUGCAGCUGGCAGUGCGUAAUGACGAAGAGCUGAACAAACUGCUUGGAGGCGUUACUAUCGCCCAGGGCGGAGUACUGCCCAACAUCCAAGCUGUUCUGCUCCCCAAGAAAACCGAAAAAGCAGUGAAGGCAAAGUAAUUUCUGUUGCUUUCACGAGGACCAUUCUCCCAAAGGCUCUUUUAAGAGCCACUAAAUCUGUAUCAAAUACGCAAAACUACCAUUACAACCAAUUCGACUUCAUGAUACUUUGUCUUGUUGUAUUGCCCAGUGCCGAUACUUCAUUCAUGUGGGGCCUGGGAACCAUCGUACCUCGGCUGUUGCAAUCGCACGUGUGGCCGGUAAACCAUAUGACAAAACUGAAAAUGUGAUGCUGUCCAAACCACAAAGUAUCUUAUGAGCCACUUAAAAUGUGUCUGAGCAAAUCUCUCCAGGUUAUAAUUGCGUGUCUGUGUGAUUUGUGUUUAGGGGAGAAUAUGUCACGCUCCAGUGUAGUUCAUGGAAUGACUGGUUAUUCUCUCCUAUCGGUGAGCGUGUAGGUGUCUCGAAAAUUGUAUUUUUUGUUGCGUGGAUUCACUUUAUGUACCCGACUGAAUUAAAAGCAACUCUCCAGUCCCUCGUCAGAAAUGAAAUGACGGUUCAACCUGAUUGGAAUAUGCCAGGAAUAAACUUGGAUGGAUACAAACUUGAUGGAUACAAUCAACCAUUUCCCUUAUGAGCGAAAGGAAUAUCUAUAGUUAUUUUAGCAACCACCUACAAUAUUCUUGUUAUGGACAUUUUUUACUUCCACCCAGUUUAGUAUUUCCGUGGUCUGAAAUACACGCAUUUGUGGCAGCCAGUAAAUCAGUAGGAAUAUUCGAUGCAUUUCAGUCAUUCUUUGAAGUGGUAGUGAAAAAAGGCCCAAUGGACACCUUUGAAUUUGUAAUUUACUUUAGUGAUAAUGUGAAUUUUGUAACAUUUAAUUUCCUCCAAUAAUUGUCU